AAAGUAAUCCAUAACCAUAUGCGUUCCAUCAGCGCAUUUUUGCAGCUUACUUUGUAAAUACAGUGUACAUAGAAUAUGAGCACACAAACUCGUAACAGCGGCGGCAGUCGCAAUCAGAAGAAAUCAAAUUCUGGCGGCGGAGGAGGCGGUGGAGACUCAGUUUCACAGACUUCACACAAGAAGACGGAUAAUUCAAAGACAGAAAAGGAGAAAUCUCAUCCAAAGCCAACAGCAGAACAGUUACGUAUUGCCCAAAUUACCAACAGCAAUACAUCUGAAGAUCCACAGAUGCGUGAAAAGGUCGCCACACUUAUAGAGAUGACACAAAGAUCCGAGGAGGAGGUCUGUUGUGCACUGUAUGAAUGUGACAACAAUUUGGAAAAUGCAGUACUGUUCCUAUUGGAAACACUGCCAGUGGGAGCAUUUGAAACAUCUUCUAAGAAGAAAAAGAAUAAAGCUGCAAAUGCUGCACAGGAUAAUAGUGCGGGCGGGGGUGAUGGGGACUGGGCCGAUGGCAAUGCCAAUACGGACAAGCGUGAAAAAUCACGUAAUCGUAACAGUAGUAAUCGUGGUGGACGAGCCGGAUCCGACAGUCGUGGAUGGCGUGGCAGAGAGGCCCGUGAAAAUGAACGCAAUGCCAGAGGAGGUGGUGGCGAUCGCGAUGAUCGUAAUAACGACAAUUACCGUGGCGGCCAACGUGGUGUUGGUGGUGGCGCCGGCGGUGAUAAUCGUCGUGGUGUUGGUGGUGGCCGCGGUGGCGGCUAUGUUGGUCGUGGUGGCCGAGGAGGCGGCCGUAUGGGCGGUAAUCGCGGCGCUGGUGGUCGUGGAGAUCGCAGCGGUGGCGGUUACAAUUCCCGCUACAACAACACCAAUGACGAUCACCAAGAGGUGGAAUUAUGGGACAAUACUAUUGCCCAAAAUGCAGAAAAGCAACAACAACAGAGCCAGGACGACGCAUGGGGUGACUGGGAUAAUGAGGAGUACGUUGGUUCCCUAAAGGACAGCAAGGUGUUCACAACCAGCAAUCUGCCGAAUCAAACGGCAGCCAGUGUUCUAAGCAGCGGUCUGGCUGGCAGUGGUGGCGGCACUGUCAGUGGCAGCACGUCGAGUACAACAGCGGGUGUUUCCGGCCAGGAGAUAUCUUCGCAACAACAGGGACUGGAUCAUCAUCAUCUUGGCACAUCGGUGAUCGGCAGCAGUUCAUUGCAGGCCCAAUCACAAGGAUCUCAUUUGAAUACUUUAGUGGGUAGUAAUGUCGUUAGUUCUGGCCUUGACGAUAACACGACCAGUAAUCUGUCGACACCGAUUAUGCAGUAUAGUGCCGCAGUCAGUAGUACGCCGCAGAUUCAACAGCAGCAGCAACAACAACAGCAGCAGCAACAACAGUCGUCAGCUGUUGGUGGUGGUAGUUCGUUAAGUGGUAGCGGCGGCACCAGCAGUAUCAGUGGAACCUUGGGCAAUUCACAAUACGGCAGUGCCGUUGAUAGUUUCUCGAAUGCAGCAACCGCAGCAGCAAAUUUGGUGCAACAGGUUCAGCAACAGCAUCUCGAACAACAGAUGAAAUCAUCGACCACAUUGUCGGUAGAACAAUCACAGUAUUUCAAUUCAUUGACGUCGCAGAAUACUGCUGGACAGUCUGUGGUGGGUGGCAGUGUGCCGCAACAACAGCAGCAAAUGGCCUCAUACGGCCAGAAUCCAAGUAGUGUGCAAUAUGCGACCUCGUAUGCCAAUGUGUUUGGAACGGGCACCACCAGUACUGGCAGUUCGGCGAUAACAAAUGAUUCCACAUCGCAGAUACAGAGUGGUCAACAGCCGCAGGUGCGUCGAGCACGUGCUAAACUUCCGCCACCCUCCAAGAUACCUUCAAGUGCUGUCGAAAUGCCUGGCGAUUCAUUGAACAAUAUGGGCUAUAUCGAUGUUCAAUUCGGUGGCUUGGACUUUGGUACAGAUGAUUCAUUCGAGAAUCUCUCCGAGAAGUUCAACACCUCGGUUACAUUGGAUAGCCAACAAUCUCAGCAACAGCAGCAACAACAACAACAGCAGCAGCAACAACAGCAAGUCCAACAGAAAUCGUUGGUGCAAUCGCCACAAGAUGUUAGUGCUUCAGCCUAUGACCAGAGUAAAACAUUAACACAACAGCUACAUCAACAAGCGUUGACAGCUGGUUUGCCCAAUUCGCAUUUGGUGACUGAUUCCCUAACCGCUGCUGGUUACACCCAACGUUCUGCAACGCAACAGCAGCCACAACAGACACAACAAAUCUCCAGUGUCAGUGGUUCAACGGCCCAAGGUGUUAGCUCCAGUGGCACCAAUGCUUUGGAUCAAUUGACCAAAAGUGAACCUUACCAACAGAACACCACGUCAGCUGCUGCUGCUUAUCAAAGCUCAUACCAAAGCAGUGCCAAUGUUGCAAACAAAACAGGCGUGGCAAAUGCUUAUCAGCCUUCGGUAGCCUCCCAGGGUUACAGUAAUUCAGCGUAUGGAAAUGUUCAGUCAUCGGUUGCAAAUUCAUAUCAACCACAGGCAUAUGGCUCGUAUCAACAAAAUUCAAUGGCUUCAUACCAACAGCAACAGUCUGCCACUCAAGCUGCCCAGAGUGCUUCCAAUGUUAGCGGAGGUUCUGUGGCAAGUGUGGGCGGUGGUGUUUCAAAUUCGACACAAAACAUUCCUUCUGUUGGUGGCAACAGUAACAGUAGUGCAACAGCAAACACAAAUUCCAGUUAUUUGUCAUCUGCAUAUGGAUCACAGCAAAAUGCUUACCAGUCAAGCCAAAGUGUUUAUGGCACAACUGGUUUAUCAAAUAGUUCAGGGUACACUGGCAGCACGAACACUUCAUCGUCUCAGUAUAGUAACUUUAGUACUAGUGCAAAAUUGAAGGAUCCCACCUCUACAUCAUCAAAUACAACUCAUUACGAAAGUGUAUCCUCUAGUAAUGCCAUUAGCAGCAACAGUGGUACAUCUGUAAAUUCCGUUUCAAGUGGUGUCAAUUCCAAUAAUGCCGUGACAAACAGUAUGAUUUCAUCCACUUUGGGUGCAUUAACAAGCAAUACCAAUGUUAAUAAUCCUUCUUCUCUAGCUAACAACAAUGCCAAUAACAGCAGCUCAAAUAGCAGUUCUGCACAAAAUGCCACAUCAAAUGUGGUAUCACAGACUGCUGGCGGCAGCAGUGGCGUUGGCGGUGUUGGCAGCGGUGUGGUGAAUAGCAGCAAUAACAGCAGCAGUAAUGUUGUUAAUGCCAACAGCAGCAGCAGUGGCGGCGUUGGCACAUCGUCCGGUGUUGUCAGUGGUAGCGCAUCAUCGGCCGCCGUGGCAGCUGCAUCAUCGAGUGGUGGUGUAUCGUCGGCGACGAAUAAGACUGGUAGUGGUGGUGUAACGGGUAGUAGUGGUGGUGGUGCACCCACUGGUGGUAGUGGCGGAGCUGGUAGUGGAAUGGUACCCAACAUCCAAAUGGUUAGUCAAUAUAUUCAGACUUCAUUGCCAUACUAUCAGCAACCAGUUUAUUCUUACGAGGAUUUACAAAUGAUGCAACAGAGAGUGCCACAUGUGCAAGGUUAUUAUGACUUGAACUACACACCUACAAGUCUAGGAGCUGGUCGCGACAAUUUGGGCUCUGUGGCCUAUUCCACCAUGACUGAUGGCCGCUUUACCAGAACUGACAAUAAUUCCAGUCCUGUUAGUAAUGUUUCAAGUACAAUGUCACAACAAGCCGGUUCCAGUGGACCCAUGCUUAAUGUUCCUUACGCUUAUUUCUAUGGCGGUAAUGUUAUGCCCGGUAGUUUUCAAUAUGGCACUCCUGCUAUUUAUCCGCAAAUUCCUGCUGCUAAUACAGCAUCUGGUGGUCAAUUCCCCAAACCUUCAUAUAACACAGGCUAUGGUUCUACGAACUAUGAUGCACUAUCACAGGCCUCUCAAGACUAUAGCAACAAAACCUACCCUUCGAGUGUUAAUCAGCCCACAAAGUCCCAAAAUGUAACAAAUCCUCCACAAGCUGGAACAGCAUCGGAUAUUACAUCGUCUAUGUAUGGCAAGACCCAUGUAGCACUUAAUAAGGUCAAUUCGUACGAGAAACAGAAUUUCCAUUCGGGUACACCACCACCAUUUAAUAUGGCAAAUACCCAAACAGCUGGCGGCACCUCAGCCCAACCCUAUGGCAUGUAUUUACCCACAAUGCCUGCUGCAGCAGGUCAUCAUAUGAUUCAUCCCCAAAUUCAUCAGAUGGACGGCAGGAUUCACAAUUCAUCCCGCCGGGACUCGAACAGUACUGGUCAACGUCAACCCACAAGUAGCCAAUCAAAAUCGGCUACAAAACAAGGAUAUUCACCAUCCUAUUGGACUGGUCAGAAUUAAGAUCAUCAUCUCUUUUUUGUUU